GCCGCUUACGGUUUGCUGGGUGGUGGGUGAGCGUGAGCCUAGCUACUGUAGAAUUGCAAACAGUUGGGAGCAAGCGAAAGCGCACCAGAGAGAGAGCGAGAGAGUGAGGGAGAGAGUAGGAGGAGACCUAGAAGAGACAGGGCAAGAGAGCGAAGGCCUGAAGACCAACGAUUUGAGACUGAAUGACCAUGGCCGUCUCCGCACCUCCGGUGAUCUCUGCAACUUCCAGCGGCACAGGCGUCGCGGGGGGCUUAUUUCGGGCCGAACCCCUGUACUCGACUCCUGGAGAGCCUCCUCGUCUCACCCCCAAUAUGAUCAACAGUUUCAUGGCUAAUAACCACAGCGGCAGCGCGGGGGCUGGCGGGGUCGGUAGUGCCAGCGGAGGCAGCGGCAACACCAACACCAACGAGUGCAGGAUGGUCGACAUGCAUGGGGUGAAGGUAGCUUCGUUCCUGUUGGACGGCCAGGAACUGAUCUGCCUGCCGCAAGUCUUUGAUCUCUUUCUCAAGCACCUGGUGGGAGGGUUGCAUACAGUGUACACCAAGCUGAAGAGACUGGACAUAUCUCCGGUGGUGUGUACUGUCGAGCAGGUCCGGAUCCUCCGCGGGCUGGGGGCCAUCCAGCCCGGGGUCAACCGCUGCAAACUCAUCACCAGGAAAGACUUUGAAACUUUGUUCACCGAUUGCACCAAUGCCAGAAGGAAGAGGCAAAUGACAAGAAAACAAGCUGUUAACAGUUCAAGGCCUGGCAGGCCUCCUAAGCGUUCUUUGGGAGUGUUGCAGGACAAUGCUCGCCUUCUGCCCCAUUCAGUUCCAGGCCUCUUAUCACCAGGACUUAUCACUCCGACAGGUAUAACAGCUGCAACAAUGGCUGAGGCGAUGAAGCUGCAGAAGAUGAAGCUUAUGGCUAUGAACACUCUUCAGGGAAAUGGAAGCCAAAAUGGGACCGAAUCAGAGCCUGAUGAUCUUAAUUCUAAUACAGGUGGAAGUGACUCUUCCUGGGAUAAGGAUAAGAUGCAGUCUCCUCUUGCUGCUCCUGGACCCCAACAUGGAAUUGCUCAUGCAGCCCUGGCUGGCCAGUCAGGCCUUGGAGGAGCUCCUACCCUCAAUCCACUGCAGCAGAACCAGUUGCUGGCCAAUAGACUGGAUCUGCCGUUUAUGAUGAUGCCUCAUCCCCUACUUCCAGUCAGCUUACCUCCUGCAUCAGUUGCCAUGGCAAUGAAUCAGAUGAACCAUCUCAAUACUAUUGCCAACAUGGCUGCUGCAGCCCAGAUUCACAGUCCACUCUCCAGAGCUGGGGCCUCAGUUAUAAAGGAACGGAUCCCAGAGAGUCCUUCUCCUGCUCCUUCUCUGGAAGAGAGUCAUCGCCCUGGGAGCCAGACCUCCUCCCACCCCAGCAGCAGCGUGUCCAGCUCUCCCUCUCAGAUGGAUCACCAUUCAGAGAGAAUGCUUAUGAUGCCCAACAAUAGAGAGGAACUUAUCGUUGAUCAGGAUAAUGGACCAACCAUCAAAAAAUUCCAAAGGGAAAAUAAAGAAGAGGUACCCGUUCAAAUUCCAAUGAUGAAGUCACCCCUGGACAAGAUCCAAUUGACUCCUGGGCAGGCAUUGCCUCCUGGAUUCCCUGGACCAUUCAUUUUUGCUGAUAGUCUGUCCUCUGUGGAGACUCUGUUGACCAACAUUCAGGUCAACAAUAUUUCUAUAAACAAAAUAAAUGGUCUACUGAAAGUGGCUUUGGAUAAUGCUCACAUCCAAGAGAAGCAGACUCAACAAGAGAAAAAGGAACUGCGAAUGGAGCUCUAUAGAGAGAGAGAAAUUAGAGAAAACCUUGAAAGACAACUCGCAGUUGAGCUUCAAAGCAGAACUACCAUGCAAAAGCGCCUGAAGAAGGAGAAAAAAGCAAAGAGGAAACUACAAGAAGCCUUAGAAUUUGAAUCAAAGCGAAGGGAGCAAGUGGAGCAAGCACUUAAGCAAGCUACUACUAGUGACAGUGGAUUGAGGAUGUUGAAAGAUACUGGGAUUCCAGAUAUUGAAAUAGAAAACAGUGGAAAUCCUCAUGAUAGUACUUCUAUGCAAGCCUGAACACUGAUGCCGGAACUCCAACUGAUCAUAGGCACGAAUAGGGAGGUAACUAUUACUAUUUAGCAAUGGCACAACAGUUUUAUUCGUCCUGAAAGGUCUUCGCUGGCUUUACAUAAAUGAAGAUGCUUGUGAUUCCAGUUUAUCUCUGAAACUAUUCAACAUGGAGUUAAUUCAAUUGUGUUUAUCAGCAAAGCUUUGUUUACCGAAGCAGUUAUUCAAUCUAUAUUACAUUUUUUUAAAGAAAGAACGUGUGUACAUUUUAAAAGCAAUGACGUAAACUCUGUUUUUGCAAUUGAUUGACCAAUUUAAGAAUAUGAGCUAAAUCCUAAUGACUAAAGUAACUUGACCAUAUUUGAUGCUUUUCUAUGCUCACUUCAGCUUGGCUUUUUGUCUUUUAAGGGAAAAAAUGUGGUAGUGUGUUAGAGACUAGAAACAUAUGUAUGGUUUCUCUGUUCUACCAUAUAUUAAGUUAAAGUACACCUUCUUUGUUAAAACUGUACUUGCUAAACUUCAGCAAAAUAAAAACAUUUUGACUUUGUCAA